CUGUCUCAACUUAGUAGUCUAUGGCUCUAUGCUUCAGUAUAAAAACAUAGCAUUAAGAAAACGGAAAUGUCGGCCGAUUUAGAAGAUGGAUCUGAAACGGUGUCAGGGUUGUUUGACAAAGGAUUGAAGAUAUAUCAUGGAUUGUGUGAUACCAUGGAUCCUUCCAACAGUCCUGAAUAUCAGGCUAAAGUUAGAAGUUGCAUUCAAAUACUGGAGGAUGCAACCAGACUUGUCAGCUCCCUUGGACUCUUUAGUACAAAUGAAAGUGUUGAUGAAGUUGCAACCAAUGAUUUGAAAUUUUUCCUCUUGCCAGUGCUUCUUGGGGAUUUGAGUCUGAAACUCAAUUCAGAUGACCGAUUAAAUAUUCUUAAUGUUGCAGAAGUUUAUUUUCAAGAUUUUCUUCAGCGAUGCAAGGAUUAUUCAGUUGGAGGAUUGGAUAUCCCUGACAGAGAUCAACUUGUGAAAUGUGAGGAACCACCAAGACAUCCUGGUCCUAUGGGGUUUGAAGAAAUGGCAAGACAAAGAGAGGAGAAAAUCAGGAAAUUCAGAGAAGCCAAGGACUUGGAAUCGAAACUCAUUGAACUCAAGAAUGCUCUUGAAAACCCUAGUUCAGAUGAAUCAAUUGCACGUGAAUACUACAUAUUAUUGAUGAAGAAAUUUGUUUUCUCAACUAUUGAAGAACUUAAAUCCAUAACUCAAGAAAAACCUAUAGUUGAACACCUCAUCAAAAUUAAAAGAGGCGGUUGUGAUGCCAAAAAAUUACCACCAUAUGUGGGCAAACCAUUGAAACCUAUCAUUAUUACAAGGGAUGCCGUCCAAAAGGCAGUUUACGGAUUAGGAUAUCCUAGUAUUCCCGCUAUGACGGUAGAAGAGCUUGUUGAUCAAAGAAUGAAGGAUGGAUGGUAUGGAAAAUUAGGUGAAACCUCUGGCAAUUCUCGUUCUCUGCUUGAUGAAGCAAAAAAUACAGAAAUGGCCGCUUUGAAAGCGGAACAAGAAGCAACAGAUUUAGAGAGAAAGGCUGAACUAGACCAAGAAGAACAACUUAUCCGAGCUCGCCAAUAUGAUGAUUGGAAGGAUGACCACAGGAGAGGCUACGGGAAUCGGCACAACAUGGGCUAAUGUUAUGGAUUAAACAUUGAAUGUAAUUCCAAAAAGAAACCCGUCAAAUAUAAAUUUGCUUGUAUAACCAA